CACAUAAAGCAUGUAAAGAUAGAUUGUACUGUGAUCAGGACAGGUCGGCCGCCAUUACUGACAAUCAGACUAUCACAAGAUCUAACUAUGGACUCCCGAACCAGUGCCCAGGACGUAAUGCGAUGUGACCUGUGUGAGACCGCUGUGGUACAGAUGCACUGUGAUACAUGUUUUGUCAACCUGUGUAUAGCUUGUGUUGGAAAACACAUGAUAUCUGAUGAAUCCAAGGACCACAAAGUCGUCAAAUUUCAGGCCAGGAAAUCUACCCCUCUCUACCCUUUAUGUACAUCACAUAACAAACAACAAUGUAUAUUGUACUGCAAACAAUGUGAAUUUUCUGUUUGCACAGAGUGCCUUACAUCUGAUCAACAUUUAGGUCAUAAUUUUUCUGACAUCUUAAAAGUUGUGGAUGAAAUAAAGGACAAAAUUAUCAAAGAACAAAUAGAAUUACAUGAAACAAUUUAUCCAACCUACCAGGACAUUGCCUCUGAUGUACAAAACAAAAUGAGUCAGUUAGAAAAGGAAUAUGGAGAUCUAUCAACAGCCAUAACUAAACAUGGAGAGGACUGGCACAGAGAAAUUGACAAACUCGUCAAGAAACUUAAAGCUAAAGUUGAUGAGAUGAAAAACACACAGCUACAAACUCUACAGAAACAUCUGGAUGAAAUAAACAAGAAAAUGUCAGACAUCAAAGAUGAAAUUGAUUCAAUUGAAAUGGCUAUAGACACUAAUGACAUGUCAAAACUAUUUAGUAUCACACCUAUGGCCAGUGUAAUUAAUUUAUACAGAAAUCUUCCACAAAAACUUGUACCAAUCUUACCUAAAUUCAUUCCAAGAAAAAUCCAAGAACUCGGUAAACUCUUUGGAACUUUAUCAUCCAGUUCUUUAACAUCAGAUAAACAUGGCUACAGCAUGAAGACAACACAGAAAUCACCAGAAGCUGCACCUCCAGUCAAACAGCUGCUUGAUGAACCAGAGACUGUCACCACCAUAGACACUGGGUAUAAAUCAUACCUUUACAAUGUGGCCUGUCUGAGUGAUGAAGAAAUCUGGACAAGUGGAUUUGACAGCACCAUGAAACUCUACAACAUCAAUCAGGGAUCACUACUCAAGUCAAUCACAAUCAAGUCAGGGUACAAACCAUCUGACAUAGCAGUGACAAAAAGUGGAGAUCUAGUUUAUACUGAUUACUUAGAUAGAACUGUGAACAUUGUGAAGAAUGAGAAGAUAGAGGAGGUGAUCAGACUACAGAACUGGAGACCUGAAGGUGUCUGUAGUACCUCCUCUGGUGACUUCCUGGUUAUCAUGGACAGUGAUGAUAACACACAAACAAAAGUUGUCUGUUACUCUGGCUCCACAGAGAAACAAACCAUUCAGUUUGAUGAUAAAAAUAAACCUCUCUAUUCAUCUGGUCUUUAUGUCAGAUACAUAACUACUUCUGAUUACAUAACUGAGAACAGGAACCUGGAUAUCUGUGUGUCUGACUGGGGAGCUAGAGCAGUAGUGGUGGUCAAUCAGGCCGGGAAACUAAGAUUCAGGUACACUGGACAUACUCCUGCUCCAAAGAACAAAUCAUUCAGUCCAGUAGGAAUCACCACAGACAGUCAGAGUCACAUCCUUACAGCUGAUUAUAACAAUGACUGUGUCCACAUCAUAGACCAAGAUGGACAGUUCCUCCGUUACAUAGACUGUGGUCUGAGUGAACCCAUAGGACUGUGUACAGAUACAAAUGUCAAUCUGUUUGUUGCUCAGUAUGGAAAUAGACAAGUGAAGAAAAUCAAAUAUCUGAAGUGAAAUACAUCAUUGUCUUGUAUUCUAUGUAAUUAAACAACAGAUGUAUGCAAUACUUCUGUUUUAGAAUGCUAAAUAUGGAAACUUAAUUGCAGAAGUAUUUAAUUUUCUUUAUUCUUCAAGAGAAAACUGCCUCAUGUCCCUAAUACAUGUAAUUGUAUAUUUUGCUGAUCUCUUGUAAUACAAUAUUCUACACUGUAAGACACUGCAGGGCAUCAAAUCAG